AUGGCCGAGGAGGCUUCGGGCGAGGAGAAAUCUGCUCCCACCAAGACGAGUGACUCCGUAUCAGGUUCAUCAAGCCGGUCUGUCGACAUGGUUGAGAAGCCACCUGUCGACCUCACCACGGACACUCUGGCGAAGGACAUGGGGAAGGAGGAACAGGUGGAAAUUGAAGACGAGGCUGAAGACACGAGCAACUAUCCCAAAGGGCUGAAGCUCGUGACCCUGAUUAUCGCCCUCUGUCUGGCCGUCUUCCUCGUCGCGCUUGAUCAGACCAUCAUUGCCACGGCGAUCCCCAAGAUUACAGAUCGUUUCAACAGCGUGACCGACAUUGGCUGGUACGGGAGCGCCUACUUCCUGACCAGCACGUCACUCCAGCCCAGCUUCGGCCGCAUCUACAAGGUCUUCCAGAUCAAAUGGGUCUUUCUCUCCGCAAUCAGCAUCUUUGAAGUGGGUUCCUUGAUCUGCGCUGUCGCCCCAUCCAGUACUGCCCUCAUUGUUGGGAGGGCUGUUGCGGGCAUCGGCGUGGGUGGAAUCUUCUCGGGCUCCUUGGUCAUUAUUGCUCAUUCUCUGCCAUUGAUCCGGAGACCCAUGAUUUUUGGACUCUUUGGUGCCAUGUGGGGACUGGCCAGUGUCGCAGGGCCUUUACUUGGAGGCGUCUUCACGGACAAGGUCUCCUGGAGAUGGUGCUUCUAUAUCAACCUCCCGAUCGGCGGCUUCUCCAUACUCGUCGUCCUCCUCGUGCUCCAUAUCCCUCAAGACCCUAAACUCUCCGAGAAGCCAAUCCUCAAGCGGAUUCUCGAGCUCGACCUCAUUGGAGCGGGAAUUCUCAUCCCAGGCAUCAUCUGUCUGUUGCUGGCUGUCCAGUGGGGAGGCUCAACAUACCCGUGGAACAGUUCUCGCAUCAUUGGGCUUUUUGUCGGUGCAGGCUGCCUUCUGGUCCUCUUUGGCGUUUCGCAGUGGUGGCUGGGCGAAGCGGCCACCAUCCCGCCACGUCUUCUGAGGAAGCGCACUCUGAUGGCGGCCUGCGGGUUCGUUUUCUUCUUCGGGGCUGGCAUCUUUGUGCUCAUGUACUACCUCCCUUUGUAUCUACAAAGCGUAAAGGGGUCGUCGCCCACGAAAUCCGGCAUCCAGAUCUUACCACUGAUGCUCUCCACCGUUUUGACGUCGAUUGUCGCGGGCAUCCUGGUGACCAUCAUUGGCUAUUACACGCCGCUGCUCAUCGGCGCGAGUGCACUCAUGGCGGUCGGAUACGGGCUGAUCAGCACGUGGACCAUCGACUCGCCACUGCGCGAAUGGUUCGGCUACCAGAUCCCCGCGGGUCUGGGCGCGGGCUUCGGGUUCAAUCUCCCCCUUGUGGCGGUGCAGACGACGUUGCCCAUGAAGGACAUCCCGCAGGGGACUGUGCUGCUGAUGUUCUGCCAGUCGCUGGGCGGGGCGCUGUUCAUCGCCGUCGCGCAGUCGGUCUUCUCCAACGGCCUGGUCAGCGGCGUCGCAAAGUACGCCCCGGACAUGGACCCGCAGCUCCUGAUCAACACGGGCGCGACCUCGAUCCGCAGCGUGCUGGCCAAGAUGGGCAAAGAAGACGAACUCCGCAGCGUCAUCGAAGCCUACGUCUAUGCCCUGAAGGACUGCUAUCGCGUGGCUGUCGCCGUGGCGGGCGUUUCCUUCAUCGCCGCGUGCUUCCUCGAGUGGAAGAGCGUGAAGAAGGCUCAACAGGCUGGCGUCGAGGCCGUCCCCGCUAUGGCAUAG